AUGGUUUUGGCUCUAUUGUUUAGUAACUUCUCUGGAUCAAUUCCUCGAUCACUAGGAAAUCUAUCUCAGCUAGACCCCUUAUACCUUUCAUUUAACUAUUUUAGUGGUAAGAUUCCAUCUUCACUUACAAACCUCGCAAAACUGAGCAUUCUUACCCUUAAUGAUAACCAAUUGGAGGGCUUUCUUCCUGAUAACCAAAAUGCAUUUCCAAAUCUAGCCCUUCUUGAUUUAUCUAAUAAUUUACUUAGUGGUACAACACCAUCUUGGCUUUAUACCAUUCCUCGUUUACUUUAUUUAAAUCUUGGAAACAAUCAAUUCAAUGGUCAUAUCAGUGAAUUCCAAAACAGACUUCUAAUUAAAAUAAUAUUGAAAGAUAACAGCUUUCGUGGUCCGAUUCCAAGCUCAAUUUCUAAACUUGUGGACCUCACUUCCCUUGAUAUAUCGUCGAAUGAGCUAAACGGUACAAUAAGUUUGAACAUGUUCUCAGAGCUUCAAAAUCUCAAAAAGCUUGACGUAUUUGACCUCCACUCCAAUUUUAUUGAAGGUGAUCUCCCAAAAUUACCCCCUAACAUCAGAUUCCUAUCAGUCUCAAACAAUAGUUUAGUCGGAACGUUGUCUGGUAUCUGCAAUAUGAAGUUUAUUGAGAUUCUCGAUUUGUCUCAUAAUGAUUUCAGUGGAAUCAUCCCACAAUGCAUCGGAAGCUUUAGCCAGAGUCUUUCAUCGUUGAACUUGAAGAUGAAUAAGCUCCAUGGAGCCAUUACCUCGAUUUUUGCUAAGGGAUGUGCUUUAAAGAAUCUGAACUUGAAUAGCAAUCAUUUGGAAGGGCCGUUGACACCUUCAAUCACCAACUGCAAAGAGCUGCAAGUUCUAGAUGCUCGCAACAACAUGGUAAAUGAUAGCUUUCCUCAUUGGAUCGAGGCAUUAUCAGAGUUGCAAGUUCUUGUACUCCGUUCCAACAGAUUCCAUGGUCCAAUAACGGCUGCUACGAGUCCUCGGUCUCUUCUGAAAUUGCGAAUAGUUGAUCUCUCCUGCAACAACUUUUUUGUCCCUCUGCCAACCGGUUACAUAAAAAAUUUCAAAAGAAUGAUCAAUAUUAUUGACGAUGGCAAAGGUGUGAGAUACAUGGGGGAAAGAAAUUACUUGUAUGAUUAUUCUGUUGCUAUAGCUGUUAAAGGGUUUGAGAUUGAAUUGGUGAAGAUUUUAACUAUUUUCACAAGCAUUGAUCUCUCAUGCAACAACUUUGAAGGACAGAUUCCAAGAGACAUCGGAGAGCUUAGUUCGCUACGGGGUCUUAAUCUUUCUCAUAACAAUCUCGUUGGGCAUAUACCAUCUUCACUUAGAAACAUGACUAGGCUUGAAUGGUUGGAUCUUUCGUCCAAUGAGUUGAGUGGGCAAAUUCCAACGGGAUUGCUAGAUUUGACCUUCCUUUCCUCCUUCAACGUUUCAUGUAAUCAACCUGUUGGACCCAUACCAAAAGGCAAGCAGUUCAACACUUAUGAAAAUGGUUCGUACCAAGGAAAUGUGGGAUUAUGUGGCGUUCCACUCUCUAGAGGCUGCAACAACAACGUGUUGGGACAACCACCUCCUGCACCGUGGAUGAACUCUCACGAAGACGAUGGCUCAAAGCUUGAAUUUGGGUGGAAAGUUGUUGCGAUCGGUUAUGGAUUUGGAUUCAUAUUUGGAGCGGCAAUGGGAUGUGGUUGUCUUAGAACCGGUAAGCCCAAAUGGUUCGUGACCUUGUUUGAAGCUCGAAGACGAAGAAGGUGA